GGCACAGUCCAAGAUAGACCGUCUCUUUACAUACCUACACUACAUUCCUGCUUUACCUAUAAACCAAUGGCCUCUUGGUUAGGUACCUAGGUAAGGUAGGUAGGUAUUACAUGGUCUACAUGUAGCCAGGAUCUCAUGCAGAUAUUAUUCGUGGUUGAAGGAUGACGCAUUACCUUUUGAACCUACCUUAGGUAGCUAUGGGAAAUCCAAUGAUCGGUAAGUAUGCGCCAACUCAGCACAAGCAAGUUCAUAUGGCCUAUGGCCGCUAUGCUCCGAUGUGGGGAGGGGUUUUGUAAAAAUCUGCCUUCGCCAGUCAGCCUCAAACCAGGCGUAAUAUGUACAUUCGUUGCUACAUUCGUUGCUAUAACAGGUACAUAUGUAGAUGUAUUGUAUUGUAUUGUACAUACAUCCUUUGGGCAACCCCCCGGAGGUCGUUCCUCAAAUAUUAUGUCCCGCUCGAUCUUGUGUCUUCCCAUCACUACCUAACCUAUACACAGCCCACCAACCUUUCAAUACUCACGUACCUAAGGUAUCCGAAAUCUUAUUAAAUCCAAUUUUAUAUUUUCUACUUUCUACUUUACUCCAUCAUAACAUUUCGCCCCUGCUGCCCUGCACAACUUCAUUUCUACCUUACCAGGUAAAUGUACGGUACUGGCAGGCCUCACCACUCAUCACAAGGCUGUCUGAUAGCUACUCUGUCAUUGAUCAGGUACUCGGCACCAUGGCCUCGCCUAACCAAACGUUUAAGGGCUAUGAGUCGCUCCAUGCUCACAGAAUUAUUGUCGAACCUACUCCCGAGAAUCAGAAGAUAUAUAACGAUAUUCGACAAACACACGAACGCAUGCGCUUACAAACUCAUGUCGCUUCGCAGCAUAAUUUGAUACCUCCACAAGCGACCCCGUCCAUUACUAGUACCAUUCAUUCGCCAACAGACGAGCCUGGCACGCCUUCCGUCCAGGACAGGACGACACAAGGUACAGAUCAACCCAGACGCCAGCGGGGCAGGAGAAGAGGACCACUUGAUUCCCGUACUAGACUGAAUACUGCACUCAAGCGGAAGCUGAAGCUUGCCUGCCCUCUUCAUCGGGCCAAGAAAAUAACGUGCGACUGCCACGAUUUUAGUCGCCUAGAAGAAGGCUACCAAGCCACUCUUCUCCCGGCAUCCCCUAGUCGCGGCAGAUUGCAUGGCCGAAAUGAUGUUGUGAUGCUGACGCCGAUAGAUCAGACUUGGAAUACAUUUGGGGCUGGCGGGGCUGCGAUGGCGUCGGCGGACCAAGAUUCCACGAUGAAUGACAUCAUUAUUGACUUGCAGUCUUCGAUUGGAGAUCACGAGGCCGUUCGUUCAGACGUGCAGCAGAUUGUGAGCGGAUUCGAUGCCGACUCGGUGCAUCUAGACAGCGCAAUGCUCCAAGUUCCAGGGCAAACUUACCACCCAGGUAAGGACAUGGGUACGCAAUCGCCAGAUGGACACGUACAGCUCGAAUAUCUUGAGAUUGGUAGCCAGAUGGAGAGAUUUCCAAAUCGCUGGCAAUGUGAGUACAAGGGUUCGAUGGAUUCUGGGUCGGAAACUUCCUCGGAAGCUUGCCACUGGACGGGGCCGCUCCGAGAGCUAUCUAACCAUUUCCGAACAAGACACCACCCCUUUCAUGACGUUAAUCCGUGCUUCUGGCUCGUGUGCACGCGUUGCCGUGCUAGGGCUUGGGCUCCUAAUGAUCUAGAAUCACCGCUAUCCCCAUUCCGAUGUACUAGAGAGAGUUGCUCAGGUUCUUGUCAGAGGUGGUACUACGGGUCCACGAGAGAUGAAUCAGUCGCAGGAUCCGCGGUAACCUUAACCCAAUAUAGCGAGUCCGAAGCCGCCUUUUCUUCGAGCUUCCCACCGGAAGGGAACCAACCGUGGCUCGGUGGCGGAGCCUCAAACAGAGGAUACGGAUCCUAUUUCGGUGCCGUAAACUCGUACGGAAACUCACACUACCACAAUACCAAGUGGGAAACUAGUAGUGACUCUUCUAAUAAUUCCCGUACUAACCAUGGGAAUUCUGCACGGAAACCCCUCUGCCCUGCUCGGAAAGAUUACACCAGGUGCAAACUAUCUCGCCAAUGCCCUGUACGCUUGCUUCCAUAUGCUAAGCUGCCCAUUGGCCACCUCCUUUCAAUCGUAGUACCUUUAUUAACCACCAUCAUUCGAGAAAGUAGCCGUUUUACUGAGUCGGGUCCAUUGCCAUCUCCCGCUAUUCACUCAGACGCAUUGAGUUGGUCGUCUCUAGUAUUAGUCUUGAUUGGAUUCGUGGUGACAUGGUCCGUAAAGGACCGGGUCAAGUCACGGCUGGGUGUCGAGCCUCAUUAUCAAGGUCUCCGUCGCCAACAUCUCAGGGACCAACAUCCUAGUGGGAGAGUUUUGACACGGCACCAUUUCAGUGCCCUGAUAACAGCAUAACGAACCGAGAUUGCUUCGAGUCGGGGAAACGGGCUCGCCUUAUCUCUUUACAGAAAAUGGCUUUCUUGAUACUUAUUUUUACUUGUUACGAUAUAACUAUUGGCAGGCAAAACUACUUUGCAUAAUUGGCAUCGAUACCCUUUCCAUUUCUCAGGCGUUGGUAUGGCUAUACUGGCAGCUUGUGGAUAGCUGGCGUUAAUAAUGAGGGACAUUUUUGGAUAUGAUAUAUAUAUCUAUAUAGCUAUAUACGAGCUACAGAAAUACACAGGCUAUCCUCUCGAUAUCGGACAUGCCUCU